UUCUGCUUUGAAUUGUACUUUGUGAGACAAGUAGUGAGAAGGUUCUGCAAAAAACUUGCCGUGUCAGUGGAUGGUUCACAAGGUGGUAAGCAGAUUGUGCAUGGUUUCAUAGAGGCUGUCUCAGGUUUAUAACAAGAACAGAAACUAAUCUGGUUUUAGCAGCGAUUUUUUUUUAACAUCAGUUUAGUAGUUGACUGGCAUUUAGAGAGAAUUUCAUCCUUGGACAUCAUACUUCACUUCCACUAUUUGAUUAGCAAAAUGAAGCCUGCAAAGCUGCACUAUUGGAUUCUGGGUUGGUUUUCUAUGGCAUUAUGUUGUUGGUGUACUUCAGUUAAAUUCACACAAAGUGACAACCACCCUCAUACCUGGAAAAAGCUGUAUCUUGCUCAUCAUUGGCCAGUGACUGUAUGUAAGAUGAGUGAUCAUGAUUGUCAAGACCCUCCAGAGUACUGGACAAUCCAUGGACUGUGGCCUGACAAAACUGAAGAGUGUAAUAGGACGUGGCAUUUCAAUGUCACCGAGAUUAAGGAUCUUAUGUCAGACAUGAGACGCUAUUGGCCUGAUGUGCUUCAUUCGUCUCUGAAUCGCACCCAGUUCUGGAAACAUGAGUGGGAGAAACACGGCACUUGUGCAGCCACACUUCCGGUCCUUAAUUCUCAGAAGAAAUACUUUGGUAAAGCUUUAGAACUCUACCAGCACAUUGAUCUUAACAGUUGUCUCCUGAAAGCUGGGAUAAAGCCAAGCAGUUCAUAUUACCAGAUGACUGCCAUAAAGGAAGCUCUUACAAGAUUUUAUGGUGUAACACCAAAGAUCCAAUGUCUUCCUCCAGAAGAGGGUGAAAAAGCACAAACGAUUGGUCAGAUUGAAUUCUGCUUCACCAAAGAACUGCAGCUGAGAAACUGCACGGCGCUGAAGGGUGACUCCGACCCAAUGCAGGCUGACCUGAAGCUUGGAACUGAGGAGCUGUCUGUCUGCAGUGAUACUCUCCCAACCUAUUAUCCUUCACAGGUCCAAGAUCACAAAUGAAGCUAUAAGAGUUUGAAAAACUCUUUAGACAGCAACAAAACUCAAACCUUUAAACAUUAUGCCUUGGAAAGCAGUCUUGACUUAGCAAUAUUGCAAAGCCCUGUCCAUAUCACAGGCACGCUGCGAAGAUUUCUGCUGGAAAACACACUUCUUUUGCCAUUAAAGAAGAAUGGUCCACAUCGUAAUAUCAGUUACACAGGCUGAAGUAUUGAAUUGUGGCUCUGAUAUUGAUGGGAUCAGAAUCUGAUUUACAGCUUUGCCUGGACUUUUUGGGUUGCUUAUGGUUUGAAUCAAUGUUCAAAAGAGAACUGUGACUUCUUAGUUUCACUUGCAGUUAAGUCUGCCCCUUCAGCCGCUUUUGUUUUUUGCCAGUGAGUCAGGUAAAUUAAGUCAUUCUUUGUUUUGAAAGGGUGCUUGUCUCUCUGAGAUGAGAUGACAAUUUCUUGAGAAGAAAAUACUGUAAACAAAAAGAACUUAGAGACCUGUCUGGAGGUCCUUUCCCAGACAUAAUACCCGCUGCCUUGCAUAAAUUUGCUCUCCAGAAGUGCUGAACAGAGGCCACGUCCUCUAAGGCAUUAAACCUUUCCUCACUUAGAGAUCACGGUGGACGAAAGAUGACAACUUUUGCAUAACUUCUUAGUGAAUGAAACAACUUUCACCAGGUUUUGGCACUUCUGCCAAAAGGACCCCAGGAAGACUGUAUUUGUAGCCUUACCUAUUCUUUGAUUGAUUUUCCUGCAGUAGCUCCAUAGAGUCUUGAAGAACAACCUAUCUUAGAACUUACUUCCUAGUAUAGGAAAACGUUAGGCCCUAGAAAUACGUUGUUAUUAAGUUUUCAUUGUAUUUGAACAUUUAGCAUUACCACAGAAGUGUGAGUGCCUGCAUUUUUAUUUAAAUAUUAGAUUAUCACAUAACCACUUUGUUCCAAGAAACAGCUUUUUAUAGGUGAAACAGUAAAUACUACAGGAUUUUCAGUGAAAAGUACAAAUGUUAGCAAUAGUGCAUCUCUAUCCCAGAAUAAUUAAUAACAUGCCACAAAGCUGGAUGUUUCCAAAGGGGACCAAAAUUUAGAUGACAUCCUCUACAUAGUGCUGUGUUGAUGUAAGUGUCCCAAAUUGUCUUUCAAAGAAAAGACAAUUACGGCUCAAGGAACCAUCUGUUAGAAGAAUAUUACUGUGGAAAACAUGAAAUGCGGUAUUAGGAACAAAUUUGUUACGGCUUUUGGGGUUUAGAAACCAUUCACAUUUACUCUCCUUUUUGACUGUCCGUGUUUCUCUACCACCUUUCGUUUAAGGCUCUGUUACCUUGCCAUUCCAGAAUGCUGUCAGUUUUUUAGUCCUUUCUUUAGAAACUCGGAUAUUUAUUUAUUUUAACAGUUAAGAAAUGAGUAUGAUCUGCACUCUGUUGUAUCUGUAAUUCAGUAGAGGGAGGGCUUCUCUUUCAAAAUUUGUCUUCCUUCCCGAGAGGGGGAAUAUACUAAUGUAUACUAAUACUAUAUUAGUAUACUAAUAGUAAUGAGAUCUAGUGGUUUUAUAGUAGCCAUGGCAUGUUCAGGUCAUGUUGAACAUGACCAGAAGAAUCACAAUUCUUCAUUCCCCCAUUUCUGCCAUCUUGUUCUAAGCAAGAAAAAGGAGGGAGGCUGAACUAAAAUGCUUAAAAAGACUAGAAUG